AUGGGUCUCCUGCUUCCCACGAUGCUGUUCUCCAUCACACUGUGCGCGUUGUCCGCCGUCACAGACAGGCGCGAACUCAUCGAAGUCACGGCUUACUUGAAACAGUUUGGCUACCUGCAGACCACACUGGACAUGAACGGUCAGAACUAUGGCCCCGAGGACAUUGCGCAGGCCCUCAGGGUUUUUCAGAAGGUGACAGACCUCCCUGUCACAGGUAAGGUUGACGCAGCAACGUUAGCAAUGAUGAGACGGCCUCGCUGUGGCAUGCAGGACUCCUUCAACCACAAUUUCCACAAAUACACAGUGAUUGGGCGUUGGCGUAAGAAGAACCUGACCUACCGCAUCCUUAAUUACACUCCUAACAUGGGCUUAACCAAAACCCGCACCGCCAUCCGAGAUGCCUUCAGAUACUGGAGCGAAGUCACCUCGCUGAGUUUUCGUGAGGCGCUCGAUGGGAGUGCUGACAUCAAGAUCCUGUUCCACACAAAGCGAGGCAUCUGUCCUGUUUCUUUCGAUGGGCGAGGUGGGGUGCUGGCUCACGCCGAAGCCCCGGAGUCAGGGAUUGUACAUUUUGAUGGGGAUGAAUUCUGGACAGAAGGCACAUAUGAUGGCACCAACCUGCGUAUUGUUGCUGCCCAUGAGAUUGGCCAUGCCCUGGGCCUGGGACAUUCACGGUACAGCAGCGCUAUCAUGGGGCCCGUCUACAAUGGGUACCGUUCCAAACUCCAGCUGCACCCUGAUGACGUGCAGGGCAUCCAGGCAUUGUAUGGGAAACCAACAGCAAAUCACAUACCGUCCCAGCAACCUUCCUUUGCAGAGGGACAGGGGAAACAGCCCGAUCCCUGCAAGGCCAGCUUGGAUGCCAUCAUGCUAGGGCCAUUCAGAAAGACGUACGCGUUCAGCGGGGACUUUGUGUGGACAGUGUCCGACAAAGGAUACAACACCCCGGUGAGGAUUAACCAGGUGUGGAAAGGGUUGCCUGGAAACCUCGAUGCAGCUGUCCACUCUCAGAGAACGGGCAAGACCUACUUCCUUAAAGGUGAUAAAGUCUGGAGAUACACCAGCUUCCAGCUUGACCACGGCUACCCCAAGAAGCUGACCAACAUUCCUUCCAAUAUCAACGCAGCCUUGUACCUCGAGGCAACAAAAAAAAUAUACUUCUUCAAGGGCUCAGAGUACUGGCAGUGGGAUGAGCUGGACAGCACGAGCCUCUGGGGAUACCCAAGGCCCAUCUCCCAGCUCUUCAAAGGGCUGCCAGCCAACCUCGAUGCAGCUCUUUCCUGGACAAAUGGAAGAACCUACUUUUUCAAGGGUGACCAAUACUGGAGAGUCAGCAAACAGCUGGUUGCAGAGAGUGGAUAUCCGCUCAACAUGCAGGAGCACUGGAUGCAGUGUGACGAUUAG